AUGUUGGAAAAGCGAGCAGCUUCCAUGAGUCAGGAGCAAAGACAACAAGAGCUUCCGCUCCUUGGGACGACCUUCGCCGUCAAAGACAACUUGAUGGUGAAGGACGUUCCCAGCACCAACGCCAUGGAUUUGCGACCGCCCAGGUUCGCUAAGAGGAUGGCGCGCGCCCAUUGCACACGAAAGUUCGAGCCUCAGUAUGAAAUCAUGAUCUCAUGGCUAGCCACCAAGAUCUUGACUUUCCAGAUCAGUUUUACAAGAUGUUCAGUUUUGCCCGGAAGUACCUUCUUCCUGUUGAUCGAGCGAGGUGCUGCCGUGGUAGAAAAGCUGCAGGACCAUGGCGCACUGGUCAUCGGCAAGACGAACCUGGACUGCGCCGCCACGGGGCUGGUGGGGGUUCGAUCGCCUUAUGGCGCUUGCCAGAACUCAUUCGCAGGGCGCUCAAUGCGAAGCCGACUUCGAUUUGAAGAUUUCCUUCACGAUUUCCUUCGUGUGGACAGCUUGUACAUUCGAUUCAGUGAUCGUGAGUUUUUGUCUGGUGGUUCUUCCUCCGGUUCCGGAGUGGCAGUGGCUUUGGGACAGGUCAGCUUUUCUUUGGGCACCGACACCGCUGGCAGCGGUCGUGUGCCCGCAGCGUUGAAUAACAUCGUGGGCCUCAAGGCAUCUCGUGGUCUUUUGUCAACCCAUGGGCUGCUGCCCGCUUGCAAAUCACUCGACUGUGUGUCGAUCUUCUCUUUGACCGUCUUAGAGGCCCAGCGUAUCAUGGAGAUGGCCGCCAAAGCAUCGGGCGCCGAUCCCUGGGAUCGACCCGCCAAGGACCUGGCACAGGGGCCUCGAUUGCCACCUUCCGGUCCUGUGAACUUCCGGUUUGGCAUUCCAAGUCGACCCUUUGUGGAUUUCAAUAGCUUCGGAUCAGCUGCGCAGGCGCGUGCUCAGCAGUACGCAGAGGCCUGGGAGCGUUCCGUCGAAGCCGUGAAGGCUAUCGGUGGGACCUGCGUGGAAGUGGACUACUCGCCCUUCCAGGAGGCGGCCAACCUCCUCUACCAGGGCCCUUGGGUGGCAGAACGGUUGUCGGCGCUCACCAAUUGGUUAAAUGCAGAUGCGGAGGUGGUGGAUGCCACGGUGCGGGCCAUUGCGGAACAUGGCCAGGAGUGGUCGGCCCAACAGUGUUUCGAGGCGAUGUACCGCCUGCAGCAGCUGCGCUUGGAGGCGCGCCAGGCUCUGCACGAGAGCCAAGCGCAGCUGCUGCUGACGCCCACCGUGGGCGCCACCUACGCCAUCCAGGAUGUUUUGGCAGAUCCCAUCGCGUUGAACACCAACCUGGGCCGAUACACGAACCACAUGAAUUUGUUGGACCUUUGUGGCAUCGCGGUGCCCACGACCUUCGCCGGCCCCACCUUGCCUUUUGGCGUCACGCUCUCGGCCUUCGCCGGGAACGAUGCCUUUCUGUGCGAUGUGGCGCGGAGGCUCCAUGGAGCAGCAGAACUCAAGGUUGGUGCCAUGGAGUCUUCAGUUCACGAUGUCGAAAAAGCGGUGGAGGUUUCCAAUGGCAAAUACUAUGGACCUUUGCCAUCGGAUGUGGAAUCGUUUGAAGUCGCAGUGUGUGGCGCACACAUGGAAGGACUAGCGUUGAGCUGGCAGCUGACGGAGCGCGGCGGCCGCUUCGUGCGCACCGCCAAGACGGCACCAAGGUAUCGCCUGGUGGCCUUCGAUGGGAUGAAACCUCCACGGCCCGGGCUGGUGGACGCCAGCAAUGGUGCAGCCAUCGAGCUGGAAAUUUGGGAACUGCCUGCUGCAGCCUUCGGUAGUUUCAUGAAGUUGGUUGCCUCUCCCUUGGGCAUCGGUUGGAUCGAAUUGGACGAUGGUAGCCGAGUGCAGGGCUUCCGACAGGUAUCCUUUGACAUCGCCAUUGAUUCUUCCUGUGGCAAAAGCCAAGCUGUCAAUGUGAGACUUCUUUCACAAGUCAGGGCAGCAAAAGGACAUGUGACUCCAGCAAUGAAGAUUGCACCACAGAGGCAAACGAGGGUUGCGUCUGUUUUGAUCAAGACCUUUGAAACUCCGACGAGCAUCUUCGACUGGAGCCGCAAAGAGUUCAAUGGUGUGAGGCGUUGGAUGGAGCUUAUAGCAUCCGAGGCCGGUGGCCAACUGGAGAUGACCCAGACUUCGCUGAGGUUCUACGUGCCUGGUCGCUGGCCAGAUUUGGAGAAGACCAUCGCCGUGAAGAACCUCCGUGGCCUCGUCCACGGUCGAUACUCAUUGGCCAAGCAUUGUCCGGCCAGUGCGGAGAUUGACCCGACAUCACAAGAUGCCGCCGUGGGCAUGACCGCAAGCUUCUGCGAGAAGCUUUCAAAAAUGCGGAUCAUUGUGGAUGUGGGUGCCAAUAGCCACGGAGUGGUGGGUGUUGGUGGUGACCCGCCGCCAGACAUCACCGAGUACGGAUCCUGGAGGUCGGCUGGGCACGGCAUCGGGUCCCCGGCAGUGUGCUAUUUCAACGGAUAA